GGAUUGAACUGGGGUCUCCUGCUUUGCAGGAGGAUUCUCUACCCGCUGAGCUACCCAGGAAGCCCCGGGGAGAGGUGGGGGUGGGGGGUGAAUCCUGGUUUGUCAACUGUGUGAAGUUGGUCAAAUUCUGGAACAUCUCUGAAUCUCCGUUCUUCAUCUGGAAUAGUGACUUUGGUGAGGUGUGAAUACAUGUGAAGUGAUUAGCAUUAUGACUUUCCCUCUUCACCUUAGCUCCCCAUGACCCCACCCCCCCAGCUUGUACCUGCAUGAAAGCUCCAAGCAUUCUGUGUCAAGGGCAGGUGAAGCCUUCUCAUUGUCCUUAUGACUCAUCUCUGCCCUCUCCUUUGCAAACAGAGGUUUAACAUGAUUCUAACUUGUUCAGGGGGAAUUCUGGGUCCCAGGUUAGGUUGGGAAAAACCCAGACUGGACGGGUAGCUAAGAUCCUGGGUGGGCGGCUGCCUCAGGGGGCCCUCAGCUUCAGGGCUUGCCUUUGCCACUGUCCACGGGGUAGAAAGGAAGGAACUCCUCCAUUGGGUUUUCUGGGUCCCAGUCUUCUCUCCCACUCGUGUCCCUUCCCAGCAGAGCCCUCCAGCUGAUCUCGUCCUCAUCCUUGGGAUCUGUAGUUGUGACAUGUGGGAUCUAGUUCCCUGACCAGGGAUUGAACCCUGGCCCGCUGCACUGGGAGCAAGGAGUCUUAGCUACUGAAGUCCCCCUGCCCACCUCUUCACUUCAUCUCAUUCUACACUCUUCCUUAGCUUUUGUUUUCCAACCACAUUGUCCUUUCUGUCUCUUAAAUGUGCCAAGACCUUCCACCUCUAGGAUUCUGUUGUCCUCUUCCCUCUGCCUGGAACACUCUUUCCCCAGAACCUUUCCAGCAUCAUGUCAAAUUCCACAUCUUCAGAAUGUGCUUCUCUGACUUUUUAAGUUAAAGUUGCCCUCUCCCUCCACCAAUCCCCUACCCCCAGUAAUUCCCUAUCUCUUAACAUUGUUUCACUUUCUUCAUAGCACUUAUUAUUAUCAAAAAUUAUCUUGUUUCCUUAUUUACCAUCCCUCUCCUCCUAAGACAUAAGCUUCAUGCGGCAGGAGCCUUAUCUGACUUGUCCUCCUCUGCCUUCCUAGCACUUAGACUGGUGUCUGGCAUCUAGUAGGUGCUCAAUAAAUGUUUGGCAAAUGGAUGAAUGAACAGGGCAGCCAUGACUGUAGAACUGAGAAAGGCAAAGGCCCGCCUGGGGAAGAACCAGCCCUUGGCUAGGGGAGGGAGUUGCUGAGCCUUUUGUCCUGUUCGCUCUGAUUCUCUGCGUGUCUCCCAGGCAAGAUUGGUUCUCUUUGAAGGCAGGCUCCUUUUUUUUUUUUUUUAAUUUUUUUAUUAGUUGGAGGCUAAUUACUUCACACGAAGGCAGGCUCCUUUUGAAGGCAGGGGAAUCUUUGUAACCAAAGGUGAUCCUAUAAAUAAUUAGUAACCAGUGCCAUCAUGGUGUCCCUAACAGGUCAUGGGAGUCUGUUCUGAAGGCCUCCAUCUGGGCCAGGCAGUCUUCCUUCAGUUGUGGGAUCCCAGGGAGGUUGCAGUGUGGGGGUGCUCCAGUGCUUAGGACAGCAUCUAUUUACCAGCAGGGGGCAGAAGUGUUUUUUACAUUUCAACCACCGCCGCCCCUACUGUCCCUUCAGGUGAGUGCACCUGAGCGUCCAUGGCCCUGCGGAGCCCUGUGGUUUCAGCACUAUUUCAGGGGCUGCUAGGCUGGUUGGCAUUUUUGUGUUAGUUGCUCAGUCACGUCUGACUCUUUGUGAUCCCAUGGACUGUAGCCCACCGGGCUCCUCUGUCCAUGGGAUUCUCCAGGCAAGCAUGCUGGAGUGGGUUGCCAUGCCCUUCUCCAGGGGAUCCUCCCAACCCAGGGAUCGAACCCAGGUUUCCCACACUGCAUGUAGAUUCUUUACUGUCUGAGCCACCAGGAAGAUAUUUUUGCGGCCAUCCUUGUUGCCCGCUUCCCCCUCAGCCUCCCACCAAGCAUGCCCAUCGCUAUGAACAAGAAGAGAGGGCCCUCGGUGAAGAGCUGAUCAGGGGCAGGGGCAAGACUUCAAGGCCAUGGAUGAGAACGCGAAUAUCUUUCUGAGGAAGGGCAGGACAGCCGUUGUAGCAUCUUUCAGGCUUUCUUGGCCCAGGCCCAGCUGAAACCUUGCCAGAGCACACAUAUCCUCUCCUGGCUGACAGUGGUCCACGGACCUGUGACUGCAUGGCCUUACCCCAUGGCCUGAGAGUAGCAGCUCCCCCUGCCAUGCUCCUCAACUAGUGAGUAGGGGUGGGACAGGCUGAUCUGGGAGCUGGGUGCUUCUGCUGGCUCUCAGCUAAGGCUGUCACCUUGCCUCUCUUCCUGGCCCUGCCUUCUCAUUUGUGCCAUGGGAACACUCACCCACCACUUCUUCCAUCAGACCCUGCACAUCCAGCCAACACAUUGUUGGAGUCCAGGCCUUCCUGGCAGCCUAUGGGGUUAAGCCUGUAUCCUGAGUCCAGAGGAGGUCACACCCUCCAAAAGGUAGUGGAAAUAAAUUUGAAUAAACAAAACAGGUUUGCUGAAAAUAAAACCAGGACUCCUAAACUGCUCCAGUCAAACAGCUUCCACAAGGCCUUGCUGUCAGCCAGCGUGGCACUGAGGCUUGGCAAGCAGCAUCCAGCAUGUACCAGGCGGUGGCAUUCUUGGCAAUGGUCAUGGGAACCCACACCCUCUGUUUGGGGUCCCAGAGGCGUUGCACCCACUGGCCCGGCUGCUGCCCCAGCAAAGGACAGAACCCCACUGAGGAGUGGCUGAAGUGGAACAGUAUGCUCAUGUCUCCCCCAGAGACCACCAGCCUCGCCCACCACCCAGAAUCCUGCAGUUCCAGCAAGGAUGGACCCCUCAACAGCCGCUCCAUCGCCCCCUGGAUAUAUGAGUUGGACAGAGACUUGGACCGGCUCCCGCAGGAUCUGUACCAUGCACGUUGCCUGUGUCCACACUGUGUCAGCCUUAAGACGGGCUCCCACAUGGACCCCCUGGGAAACUCAGAGCUGCUCUACCACAACCAGACCGUCUUCUACCGGCGGCCGUGCCCAGGACAGCAGGGCGCCCACCAUGGCUACUGCCUGGAACGCAGGCUAUACCGUGUCUCCUUGGCUUGCGUGUGCGUGCGGCCCCGUGUGAUGGCCUAGCUGUGCCGACCAUGGCUGGUCCCUGGGCAAACACUGGAGCUGGUUGGACAACCACCUGCUGUGGUGAACCAGGACACCCGAAGGCACAGCCCCUCCAAAGGACCACCUGUAGCAGCAGGAUCUUGGGACAGGAUGGGGGACUUUCGGGGGACCGCACUUUGCACUUUUUGGAGUGGAUGAGAAAUGCAGGACAAAUCCAAGGCAGCAGCGGCUGUUUAUGGUCCCUGGAAACUGGCAUCCUGUCAUUUCCUUCUGGGAAAGGUCUUCAAAGCUCUGCUAUGUCUGUCUCUUCUUUCCUCCCACCCCCAGCUGCCCUGGUGCAGCACAGGCACUUUCAGAUAUUUUUCCCUUCUCCAGUGGAGAGCCCUUCAAUUCAUUAGUUUGUUCGCUCCUUCAUUCAUUCAUCAAACACUUAGUGAGCAUCGACUUUGGAGCACCGACCUUAAGCCUCCGGGUGGAGUUGCUAGUCUUUUGACAUGAAUGCUGCUAAGGAAGAGGCUGUUAUUGAGCAGGGAGAGAAUUGUUCAAAUAAAUAAUCUGUACUUAAAA